AGUAAACCCUAGCAGCCGCAGAUCCAAGGUUUCCAAUCAUGGCGGAUGUUGAACCAGAGGUAGCAGCACAUGGAGUGGCAAAGAAGAGAACAUUCAAGAAGUUCAGUUUCCGUGGAGUUGAUCUCGAUGCUCUUUUGGAUAUGCCCACUGAUGAACUUGUGAAGCUUUUCUCUGCACGUGCCCGAAGAAGGUUUCGACGUGGUUUAACCCGCAAGCCUAUGGCACUGAUCAAGAAGCUACGUAAGGCGAAACGUGAGGCACCACCUGGUGAGAAGCCAGAACCAGUGAGGACUCACCUCCGUAACAUGAUCAUUGUGCCUGAGAUGAUUGGUAGCAUUAUUGGUGUCUACAAUGGAAAGACCUUCAAUCAAGUUGAAAUUAAACCUGAAAUGAUUGGCCACUAUCUUGCUGAAUUCUCGAUCUCUUACAAGCCGGUUAAGCACGGUAGGCCUGGUAUCGGUGCUACUAACUCCUCCAGGUUUAUUCCUCUCAAGUGAAGACUCUCAUCAAUGCCCUCCUUCUACAUUUCAAUGCAAAUUUUUGCUUGUUUUACUUGAACUAUUUAAUUAAUUCAUUUCUAUUUGUUACUGUUAUCAAAUUUAGGGAUAUCAG